GCGCCUGUAGCGGGGCGCGGGGGAGGCAGGCGGCGGGCGGGCAGCCGCGGCGGCGGGGCCCUGGUGGCGAGGUGACAUUCAGCCGGGGCCGGCAGCAUGGCGCAGGCCGCGCAGAGGUUGGCGCAGCGCAUCGCCGCCCGCGGGCCGCAGCUCCUCAGCGCCGCCGUGGCGUACUCGAAGCCGCGCCUGGCCACGUUCUGGUACUACGCCAAGGUGGAGCUGGCUCCGCCGACCCCCGCCGAGAUCCCCCGCGCCAUCGACAGCAUGAAGGCCAUGGUCCGCAGCUUCCAGACUGGCCGCCUGGCGCAACUCACCGUCAGGGAAGCGCUGAGGAAUGGUCUGGUGGCCACAGAGGUGCUGAUGUGGUUUUACAUCGGGGAGAUUAUAGGCAAGGGCAGCCUGAUUGGGUACAAUGUCUGAACACUCAUCAGUAGCGCUGUCUUUGGUGCUGUGGUCCUGAGUCUGUAAUGGGGUCUGUGAAUAAAGCCGGGAACCAGUGUCAA